GAUAAGGGUUUUUCAUUACUUGCAAAGCAAAAAAAUACACAUACAUUAGUUCAAGAAGAAGAUAAAAGUUAAAGAUGACGAUCUCAACAGCAAAUCCUGCAGGUUUAGUAGUUUCGUUCGGAGAGAUGUUAAUCGAUUUUGUACCAGAUGUUGCUGGUGUUUCCUUGGCGGAAUCCGGUGCUUUCAUUAAAGCACCGGGCGGUGCUCCGGCUAAUGUUGCUUGUGCUAUCACCAAGCUUGGCGGCAACUCUGCCUUCAUCGGCAAGGUUGGAGAGGAUGAAUUCGGGCAUAUGCUCGUCGAUAUAUUGAAGAAAAACGGAGUGAAUUGCGAAGGAGUAUUAUUCGAUCAGAAUGCGAGAACUGCAUUAGCUUUUGUGACAUUGAAAAAGAAUGGAGAAAGGGAAUUCAUGUUCUACAGAAACCCUAGUGCUGACAUGUUGCUGAAAGAGUCCGAAUUGAACAUGAAUUUAAUCAAGCAGGCAAAGAUAUUUCACUACGGAUCCAUAAGUUUAAUCUCAGAGCCGAGCAGAUCAGCUCACAUGGCCGCUAUGAAAGCAGCAAAAGCCGCAGGAAUCUUACUAUCCUACGAUCCGAACGUGAGACUCCCGCUCUGGCCGUCUCACGAGGCGGCUAGAGACGGAAUUAAGAGUAUAUGGAAUGAAGCUGAUUUCAUCAAAGUGAGCGAUGAUGAAGUAGCAUUCCUGACGCAGGAUGAUCCGAACAACGAAGAAGUCGUUAUGUCGCUGUAUCACGAUCGCCUCAAGCUGCUCGUGGUUACCGACGGGGAGAAGGGGUGCAGAUAUUUUAGUAAGACUUUCAAAGGGAAAGUUGAUGGAUAUGCGGUGAAGACGGUGGAUACUACCGGGGCCGGUGAUGCUUUUGUUGGGGCGUUUUUAGUAGCUGUUGCUGAAGAUGAAUGUGUCUUGGAGAAUGAAGAGAAGUUGAAGGAAGUUUUGAAAUUUGCUAAUGCUUGUGGAGCUCUUUCUACUACUCAGAAAGGAGCUAUUCCUGCACUUCCUUCAACUUCUGAAGCUCAGGCUCUCAUUAAAUCUUCCAAAGCUUAAUUUUUUAUUUUUUUUUAGUUAUUAGAUCUAGUUAGUUUUUUUUUUCAUGUUUGUUUUGUUAUGUUUGGAAUUUUCUUUUUUUAGUUUUUUGAAGUGAUAAUGAACUUAAUGAGAGUUUUGUUCUGGAAUUAAA